GAAUGAUGGCGUCUUCAAAGGGAGUGACAAGACUUUAGCACCGCCCUCCUUGACCCAGGCAAUUAAGAUCAAGGCAGCUCUGUGGCAUAAAGCUUGGAUGGCUCCGCAGGACAUCCUCGGGCGCGGCUCUGCACCAGCUCAUCGCACGCUCAGAGAAAUUGGGUGGACUCCCCCUCCGGCGGGUUGGACAAAGAUUAAUGUUGAUGGCGCAGCUAAUGGGACUCAGGGACCGGCAGGAGCAGGCGGCGUGUUGAGGGACCAUCUUGGCGGUUGGCUCAAGGGCUUUGUCGUCAACCUGGGAACUUGCUCGGCGGUUCAGGCGGAGCUGUGGGGCAUUUAUCAUGGUUUGGGUGUAGCUUGGCAAGCUGGCAGCAGAACCCUCAUCGUGGAAUCCGACUCUCAGAUGGCUCUACAGCUUAUAGAGAAGAGAAAUGAUUUGGUUCACCCUCAAGCCACUCUUUUGACUGCUAUCAGGCGGAGAAUAGCUCAAGACUGGGUGGUAAAGCUAGUUCACACUUAUCGAGAAGGGAAUAGAGUCGCGGACUGGCUCUCAAAGCACAGUCUCGUCUAUCCCUACGGUAAAUGUGAUCUGGAUUUACCCCCCCAAGGGCUCACUACUAUCCUUGGUGAUGAUCUCAGAGGUCAAACUUUUCCUAGAAACAUCAUAAGUACUGUUGACACCUCCCCCUCUCUGUAACUCUCUCUCCCUCCUGUUCCUCUCUCCUUCUGUGGCUUUUUAGCCUCCUGUGAAAGCAAAAAAAAAAAAUCUAAUGGAACAAAGUCUAUUCAAUGACAACGAUGAUUAUGCUUAUCAUUCACAGAUAAUUCCAAAGAACAUAAAGAGGGCUAUCGUGUUCAAUGUAGUCAAAAUUGUGUUUUAAAAUUUAAAAACUUACGAUUUUACGUUUUUAGGUCACUAAAACGCUUCUAUACAAAAUCUAAGUUUUUAUAACUUAUGUAGUUAAAAACUCCACUUUAAAACUUAUGAUUUUACGCUUCUAUAUCAUCAAAACAUUUCUACAUAGAAACUCGCUUUUUACAUCGUGUUGCAGAAACAGGCCAACCAUUUAGGAACCCUGAGGUCUGGAAUGAGAUUAAAAGGAAGUGGUGGAAAUGGCCUCGCAGUCAUUUCGCAUUGGUGAAAAAGAACUAAAAAAAUAAAACAGAGAAAGUAGCAAUGGACAGCAGGCUACAGCAUGAUUCAAUUAAACAUUAUUAUUAAGUAUGCACGUUUUCGGUGCUAUCAUUUUUUUUUUGGUGUAUUCAGUACAAUUGCUUCAUAACCAUUAUUUUAAAUAUGCGAUUCAUGUCAAAAUGAUGUCAAUCAGCACUUAUGAUAUUAUGAACAAUAAAGCACAUGAAUUUGCACAAAAAAUCAUUAAAGAUUUACUUUAAUUUGAAGGAUUUAUGAGUUUAGAGAUUUAGGGUUUGGGUUAGGGUUUAUGGAUAGAACUCAAAAUUGGAGGUCUAGGGCUUAGAGCAAUCCGUUAAUUAGUUGUUAUCAUAUAUUAUAUAAUCAUAUUACAUUAAUUCUACAAAUUAAAAUUCAAAAUCCGACACCUUAAGACUAGUUUUUGAAUUGGAUGCAUUGAACACACUUAUUUUUGUGAGUGCACCGAAGUAGUCACCCUAAUAAGAUUAUUAUUAUUAAUAUAUAAAUAACAAAAAAUUGCUUAAAUGGUCCGAUGAUGGAGUGUGGGAGAGUACAUCAUAUGAGUAUGACUUGAUAAGGCUUAGAUUUAAACAUUUUUUUCCCCAUUAAUUCACAUUUUUUAGAUGUCGAUUAGACAAAUUUCCUUUCACUAGGACUUACCUUGGGGGUUCCAUCUCUUAUGUAUGUUUUUUUUCUUAACUCGUGUUUUUUCAUCUAUCAAUUAAGCAAGAUUAUCCUUUCGCUAGGGUUGAUUCCUUGAUAUAGGUUAUUACAGACGAUUUCCUCUAGCUAAAGAUUGUUACGGGCGAUAAUCUAAUGGUAUCUUGAGGUGCGGAGGUCACGAAGAUGAGGAUUGAUUCAAUGGUCAUGCAAUCGGCCCCCUCCUAGCUAGGAUAGCCAAUCCAAUGUCACCUCAACCGAUUUACCUAACUAGUGAUGGGUUCUACCUCCUCUAAACGGCUUAAAUUCGUCCGCACACAAGUCGGGUAGGUCGAUGGAACACAUUUAAUAGACAAGCAUCAACUAGGUGAGAAUCUAACUAGCAGAGGAUGAUCACCUCGACCUCAAGAUAACCCUCUAGGUCAUCCAAUCGGGGUAAGAGGCAUUCACACAUCUAAACCCUAAUUAGAAGCAUUAAGUACCCUAGUCAAACUCAAUUAUACCAUGAACUCAUAUGCAAGACAAUGAUAAUUCCCUAUAAUCUAGGUUGCAACUAAGACAAAUAAGAUAUAAACAAUCCAACACUUAUUGAUGUCUAAAGCAUUCUUGACCUACGGGGAUGAAACUAUCACCUAGGUUAAGAGCAAAUCAAUCAAAAUCAAGCAAUAUUAUGCACAAAAAUCAACAAACAUAGAUAAA